CAUGUGCUAGAAGUUUCGCUACAAUUUUCAUUACGCUGAAAAACGUGUGUUUAAGAUUGUUAUAAUAAGCAGAAGGCGUUUGUAUUAAAUAUAAUUGGCUAAAAUUUGCUAAAACACAAAGUAACAAACAACAAACCGAAGCCGCCCCUUGAAAAAAAUUACAUACAGAUAUAAAGAGCAACUAGGCAACAAAGUCUAACCAAAUAAUAUACAGUUCAACUAAAUCAAUCAAUCGAAUCGGCAGCCAAAACUAGUGGAAAAAAAUGUCUGUGAUUGGCAUCGAUUUUGGUAACGAAGGCUGCCUUGUAGCGGCAGCCAGAUCCGGCGGCAUCGAGACUCUUGCCAAUGACUAUAGUCUACGCGCAACUCCCUCCUGUGUGGCCUUCGAUGGCAAGAAGCGCAUCAUUGGCGUUGCCGCCAAGAACCAGCAGGUGACAAAUAUGAAAAACACAGUUGGCGGCUUCAAGCGUCUACUUGGCCGCAAAUUCAACGAUCCACAUGUACAACACGAACUUAAGAGCAUUCCAGCGCGCGUUGAAUCGCGCCCCGAUGGCAACAUUGGCAUCAAAGUCAACUAUUUGGGAGAAGAUCAGCAUUUCUCACCCGAGCAGCUCACGGCUAUGCUGUUUACCAAGCUGAAGGAGACUUCGUCGGCUGCCAUGCAAACACAGGUCAAUGACUGUGUGAUUGCCUGUCCCGUGUUCUUCACGAAUGCCGAGCGUAGAGCGCUGCUCGAUGCGGCACAGAUUGCUGGACUUAAUGUGUUGCGCCUUAUGAAUGAGACAACAGCCACAGCGCUGGCCUAUGGUUUCUACAAGAACGAUCUCUUCGAGGAUAAGCCACGCAAUGUCAUCUUUGUGGACUUUGGCCACUCGGCGCUGCAGGUCAGCGCCUGUUCCUUCACCAAGGGCAAGCUGAAGAUGCUUGCAAGCAGCUGGGAUCAAAUUGGAGGUCGUGACAUUGACAUGGCGCUUGCCGAUUUCUUUGCCAAGGAGUUCCUCGAACGCUACAAGAUCAAUGCCAAAACCAAUGCGCGCGCUCAUUUGCGUCUUCUGACCGAAAUCGAGAAGCUAAAGAAGCAGAUGUCCGCCAAUAGCACCAAACUGCCCUUGAACAUCGAAUGUUUCUUGGAAGAUGUUGACGUCAGCUCCAGCAUGCAGCGCUCACAAAUGGAGGAACUCUGCGCCCCAGUGCUAGAGCGUGUCGAGCAGACGUUCAAGAAAUUGCUGGUGGAGUGCAAGCUGUCGCUAGAUGAUAUACACUCGGUGGAAAUUGUGGGCGGCAGCUCGCGCAUACCUGCAAUCAAGCAGCUCAUCGAACAGGUCUUUAACAAACCAGCCAGCACCACACUUAAUCAGGAUGAGGCUGUCUCACGUGGCGCCGCGCUGCAGUGCGCCAUUAUGUCGCCAGCUGUGCGUGUGCGUGAGUUUGGUGUCACCGAUAUACAGAACUAUGCGGUGAAAGUGCUCUGGGACGGCGAUGGCUCUGCCACCUGGAAUGGUGAAAUUGAAAUCUUUCCCCAAUUCCAUCCAUCGCCCUUUAGUCGCCUGGUGACUAUAACUCGCAAGGGUCCCUUCAAUGCAUCCAUUGUGUAUGGCCAGCAAGUGCCAUAUCCAGAUCAGGUCAUUGGCAUCUGGAAGAUCAAGGAUGUGAAGCCGACGGAGCGCGGCGAAAGCCAAGAGGUUAAACUUAAAGUGCGCAUCAAUCAAAAUGGCAUUGUGCUGAUUUCAUCGGCUACACUGGUCGAUCGCAAGGAGAUGGAAGAGGCUGCUGCAGCUGAAGCGGCUGCAAGCGAAGAGAAGGCUGCCGCCAGCGGUGAGCAGGCCAACAAUGCUGGCGAGGCUACUGAAGGACAACAGGAGGCAUAUUGUGAAAAUGAGGAAACAGCCACAACGCCUGGCGGACAAGGGUGGGCAUCACGGGUCAAGGGCUGGUUUGGUUCGGGCUCUGAGAAGACAAAGAAGAAGUCCUCAAAGGCUAUUGAGCUGACCAUGGAUGUGCUGACACAUGGCUUUAAUCCAACAGAUAUGGGCAACUAUACGCAACAGGAGACCAAGAUGAUAGCUAAUGAUCAGAAGGAAACGGAGCGCAUUGAUGCCAAGAACGGUUUGGAGGAGUUUGUCUACGAUAUGCGUAACAAGCUGUCGGGCGGCCCAUUGGAGCGCUAUAUAGUGGAGUCGGAGCGUGAGAAUAUUGUUAAGCAGCUGAAUGAGCUGGAGAAUUGGCUGUACGAGGAGGGCGAGGAUUGCGAGCGUGACACUUAUGUGAGCCGCCUGCGUGCGCUGCAACAGCAAUGCGAUCCUAUUAGGCAGCGUGCCUUUGACUACGAGCAGUGUCCUAGCGCAUUCGAUGAGCUGAAGCACAGCAUUAACAACGCUCGCCAUGCAGUGGGUGAAUUCCGCAAGGGAGUGCCCAAGUACGAUCAUCUGACGGAAACCGAGUUUAUCAACAUUGCCGAAACUGCGGACAAGGCGCAAAAGUGGCUGGACGCCAACCUGGCCAAGUUCACCCAAUCACCACGCACUGCCGACAGUCCUGUGCAGCUCGCCGCGUUGCGCCACGAAAUACAGACCCUCAAUGCCUGUGUCAACUCGGUUGUGACGCGUGCAAAGCCGAAGCCAGCUGCCAAGACGACACCGCCCAAGGAUACGGAACAGAAUGGCGGCGAGCCCGCUGGCAAUACUGACAAAAUGGAUGUGGACGGUCAGGCUGCGCCGACUGAUUCUUCAAUGGAUGUGGAGUGAGCUGCUGCUGCUUGGAUUAUAUUUAUAUAUACAUAUAGAUAUGGUAUUGGCGUAACGAUAAACAUAACGAAAUCAGAAUUACUUAACGUAUACAAAUAUGAAUCAACCAACAACAACAAAAACAACAAAAUCUUUAUGGAACCAAUGGGUAAUUGUUUAUGCACUUUUGUUGCUUAAUCAAUCAGCAGAACAGAAUCAGCCAGUUGUAAACAGAAAUUACAUGUGAAAGCUAAUUAAAAACAAUCGAUUUGAUAAAGUGCAGUUCAGAAGCAACAACAUGACUGCAUUUUUGCCAACACAACAACA